UGAAGCAUUGACUUGGUCCUGCAAGGAAGACGCUGUGAGAAAAUCGGCAGAAGCAGGCCGCCUGGAGUUCCUGUGACCGGCCGGUUCCUCCAUCAUCCACCAAGAUGGUCCUCCUUCCUUCCUUCCUUCUUAUCCUCGCCUGCUUGUCAGGAUCCUUCAGCCAAAGAGAUCUCCAGAAGAAGGUCUUGGUUUUCCCAGCAUCGUCUAACUCCGCCGCUGUGGUCCUGAAUGUCCCCCUUCAGCAGCCCUUGACCAAGUUCACCAUCUGCCUGAGCUACUAUUCCCUCCUGUCCCGUGCCUGUGGCAUCUUCUCGUAUGCUACCAGGUCCUCCGACAACGAUAUCCUGAUUUACAAGCCCAAAUCCAACCAGUAUUCCCUUCAUGUAGGUGGUACAGCAAUAAUAUACACGGUUCCUGAGAAGCAGAAACCAAGCUGGGAGCACAUCUGCAUGUCCUGGGACUCUAGCAAUGGGUUGGUAGGAUUUUGGCUGAAUGGACAACCUUUCCCCAGAUUGAGCGUGAAAAGAGGUUACAGCAUAAGCCACGAGGCAUCUGUCAUUCUGGGGCAGGACCAGGAUUCCUUCGGAGGGGGCUUUGACGUCAACCAAUCCUUUGUGGGGGAAAUUUCAGACGUAAACAUGUGGCCCCGGGUCCUGACUCCUGAUGAAAUGGGGUUGGUCAGAAAAGAUGGUGCCCUUUCUGACCAUCUGGUUAACUGGAGGUCCCUGGAUUACACAAUUAAGAAUGAGGUCUUUGUUGAGGGGUUCCUGAGUCAGAUGUACUGAGCUUCCAAAAUUUAAGGACCAGAGUUCGAAAAAAGCUCUGCAGUGUAAUGAAAUAGCUCAUUUUUGCAAUGCCACGAAAUAGCUCUAGGAGAUAAUGAUUUAUGUCCAUACAUUCCAUGCUUGCACAUCAUGUGCAGGCAUUCUAAAUGCCUUCCAAUAGAAUAAGUUUUUUUUACUCAUGAUGCACUAAACAGCCCAUUCUGGAUACUUCUCAUUGCCAAAAAUCCUAAAUCCAGGUGUCGGGCCACAGUUCCACCAUGAACCAUCCACAGCUAUAACCUUGCAAGCCAUUUGCUUUCUCCUCCUCCCUGCAUUUAUCUUCCUUCUUCCCUUUCCCUCUUUAUUCCCCUUCCUCCCUGCCUCCCUCCCUUCUUUCCUUCUCUUUUUUCCAAAUGCAGCGGAUGGAGCCUGGAGGUUGUCAUGAUCGCCGGUGCGAUGUUUGCAACAUCGCAACGGCUCGCAUGACAAUACAGGGAUUGAGCUGGUAAGGCAAGGGCAAUAGAGAAACAAAAAGAAGUGAGGGGUUGAAGGGAACUGUGUAACGACCGAGUCCGGCAGCCCAGGAAGCAACAAUAAAAGGGAACUGACAUGAAAUUGAAUAACAACCGAACAGGGCUUUGCAGGAAUUAGAAGCCUGGCAAUGGAUCAUCACCGCACAGGAAGGCGAUCAAGGCGAUGCCCGGGGCGCAGGGGGCUGGAUGCCCUUUCACCUGGCAAGGAUGAACUGUUGGGACCCGUGGGGCGCACCGGGGGUAAGGUGGGGUGGGGCGCUUACCUGCGUGGGCUAUUGAAAUCCCGUUCCGGCACGUUCCCCUCACUCUCAGCUUUCUAAGGGUGUGCAUCCUAUUCCCAAAUAAAGCCAGAACCUAAAGUCUA